UUCUUCGUCCUUUCCUCUUCCUCCUCCAGGCUCCAUCUCCACCGCUGCGAGAAGAGGUGCCUAGAAUGCUUCGUCGCUUCAUUUCUUGGAUUCGACGCAGUCGCUCUAAAUUCUGGCCGAAACCCUGAAUGCUCGCUCUGCGAUCGCCGUCGUCAUGUACCCUUCGUCGCUUUCCGCUCGCAUAACCCUCCUUGCCCUCCUCUCCGCCUCCACCUUUUACUUCCUCUACAAAUCUCGUCGCCGCAAGAACCUCCCUCUCGUCUCCUUCAACCCUAACGGCGAUGGCAGCCUUGACGCUCUCUCUCGUCGCAGAGGCAAGCUCUUCUUCAUCUCCCAGGCCGGCACUUCCAGAGCCCUAGCUGGUCGCCUCUUCUCUCGCCUCGCCUCCAACGGCCUCCCGUUCGACCUUGUCGACCCGCAGAGCUAUGAGCCCGAGGAUCUCUCGAAAGAGUCCCUCGUGUUGAUGGUCGCCUCCACUUGGGAGGACGGGAAGCCCCCCGAGAACGGCGGGUUCCUCGCCAACUGGCUCGGCGAGAGCGCCGCCGACUUCAGGGUGGGGUCGCUGCUUCUCUCGCGGUGUAAGUUCGCAGUGUUUGGCAUCGGGAGCGGUGCGUACGGAUCCCAUUUCAAUGCCGUGGCGAAGGACUUAUCGGUUAAGAUGAGGGCCUUGGGUGCGGGGGAAAUUUUGCCUCUGUCUCUGGGGGAUGUUGAUAAGGGUGAUGUCGAUGGCGUUUUCGAUAUCUGGAGUGAGAAGUUGAUUGCGGUAUUGAAGGGGGUUGAGGACAGUGGCGUGAUAUUGGAGAAUGGCGUUGGCAUUGGAGGAGAGAGUGAGAAUGAGAGUGAUGGUGGUUUUGAGAGCGAUGAAGAUGGAGAGAGUGGUGGCGAGACGGUGGUGGUCGAUCUCGAAGAUAUUGCUGGUAAGGGUCCGUCGAGGAACUCAGGGGCAGUUGCUCAAAUCAAUGGGAAAGCUAAUGGGACGAGAGAGAUGGUGACUUCUGUUAUAAGAACUAGCUUGGAGAAGCAGGGCUAUAAGAUUAUUGGUUCACACAGUGGGGUGAAAAUUUGUAGAUGGACCAAAUCACAACUGAGAGGUCGAGGAGGUUGCUACAAGCAUUCUUUUUAUGGCAUUGAGAGUCAUAGGUGCAUGGAGGCAACCCCUUCUUUGGCAUGUGCAAACAAAUGUGUCUUCUGCUGGAGGCAUCAUACAAACCCUGUGGGAAAAAGCUGGCAAUGGAAGAUGGAUGAUCCACUACAGAUUGUUGAUACUGCCAUAGAGCUUCACACGAAAAUGAUCAAGCAAAUGAAAGGGGUUCCUGGUGUUACACAGGAACGCUUAUCUGAAGGUCUCUCCCCUAGGCAUUGUGCUUUAUCUCUUGUUGGUGAACCCAUCAUGUAUCCAGAGAUAAAUGCUCUGGUGGAUGAGCUACACAGGAGGCAUAUUUCUACUUUUCUAGUAACAAAUGCACAGUUCCCUGAGAAGAUUAAAAUGUUGAAGCCUGUCACACAGUUAUAUGUGAGUGUAGAUGCAUCAACAAAAGAAAGCUUGAAGGCAAUUGACAGACCAUUAUUUGGGGACUUCUGGGAAAGGUUCAUUGACUCCUUGCGAGAACUUAAAGACAAGCAGCAGCGAACUGUUUACAGAUUGACACUUGUGAAAGGGUGGAAUACUGAGGACAUUGAUGCUUAUUCUAACCUCUUUAGCAUUGGGAAGCCAGAUUUUGUUGAAAUCAAAGGCGUCACUUAUUGUGGAUCGUCCGCUACAUCAAAGUUAACUAUGGAGAAUGUGCCUUGGCAUUCUGAUGUGAAAGCUUUCUCUGAGGCCUUAGCUUUGAGGAGCAAGGGCGAGUAUGAAGUUGCUUGCGAGCAUGUACACUCGUGCUGCGUCCUUCUGGCAAAGACAGACAAAUUCAAAGUUCGUGGCCAAUGGUUCACAUGGAUAGACUAUGAAAAGUUUCAAGAACUGGUAGCUUCUGGUAAUCCGUUUGACAGCGGGGAUUACAUGGCAGCCACACCAUCAUGGGCUGUGUAUGGAGCCGAUGAAGGAGGAUUUGAUCCAGAUCAGUUGCGGUAUAGAAAAGAAAGGCAUCACAAAACGAACCGGUGAUCAUGUAGCUGUGCGAGUGUGUGUUCCUUUUGUGGGUUUAGAACCUCUGCUCUUAACUUCAGGUGCUUCUUCUGUGUCUUGCCUUGGACGAUAGGUGAUAAUUCUUUGUAUAACUUUUUGUGAGUAGGAUAUAAGAGCAAGAUUAUACCAUUUUAUGCAGGAGUGUUACUCCCAGUCUCCUCAGGGAAAAAUUUUGUACCUCAAACUGAAUUUACUAAUGGGUAGUGUUUUUCUUCUCUCU